AUGGGCGAUUUUCAACGUAAACUAAAAGAAGGCGAAAUAUUACGCUAUAAAUCAAGUUUUCUGGGCAAAAAAUGGAAAGAAUGUUGGGCUGUGUUAUACAGUGAUUCCGAAUUCGUAUGGUAUGAUAAAAAGGGUGAUUCAAAACCGUCCGGUUCAGUUUUCCUUAAGAAUGUUGUACCAUACACUUGUGUCGGACCAAUGUGUGAUCGAAUGCCAGUACGUCGACCAGAAUUACCACAACGAUAUUCGUUGUAUCAUUUAGUGGGUAUUGGAAUGGAUGCACAAGCAAGCAAAGUUCAUUGGCUUCUGUUCUCUUCCGAUUCUGAUUUAGAGUCAUGGUUUACGGAAAUUAUGAAAACUUUACCGAAACCAAAUCCACCGCCACCACCACCAGCUAAUAAUGCUCAACAAUUGCCAACAGCUGGACCUAAUGUACCGCCACCCACUUAUAAUCCUCCUCCGGUAUAUCCCAGUAGUCCACCUCAAAUGACCAAUACGUAUCCUAGUCAACCGGUUUAUAAUCCAGCAACAAAUCCAGUAGCGCAACCUCCAAUGUAUCCAUCAACCGUUCCAAAUUAUGGUGGUGGUGCUGGUGGUACCACAGUUAUUAUUGAUAGAAAUGGAGGUGGUUAUGGACCACGAUAUGGUGGUGGUGGCGGUGGCGGUGGUGGUAGCAGUGGUCCUGGUCUUGGGACUGGCAUGUUAAUGGGGUCAUUACUGGGCUUUGGCUUAGGAAGUAUGUGGGGUGGUGGUUUACAUUCUGGAUUUGGUUUUGGUGGUCAUUGCUAUCCAUCACAUCUGGGAAUGGGCAGUGGUUUUGGUGGAGGAUAUGUGCAGGAUAACGAUACUUAUAUUACAAACAAUUAUUAUGUCGGUGAUUCCGGAAAUAGAGAUGCAAUUGGUGAACAUAAUACGGAAUCAUCAACUGUUGCUGAUACAACAAAUUCAACAAAUAAUCAGGAUACAAUGCAAGAUUAUUACGGUGGUUAUGAUGUGAGCGGAGGCAAUCGUGAUAAUUAUGACGGUGAUGGUGGCGGUUAUGACAUAGGAGAUGAUUAUGAUGAUUCAGGUGGUUAUGAUAUAGGUGGUGACGAUUUUGGUGGCGGUGAUUUUGAUGGUGGUGAUUUUGGUGGAGGAGAUUGGUAA